ACAGCCCUCCGAUUAGGUCCCUCCUGCCGCCGCCGCCGCCGCCCUCCCCCUGCUCGCACGAGCGGCCCAGGCGGGGGAAGGGAUCGCGCAGAGCGAGGCUGCAGCCGGCAGUGGGGGGACGCAGGAGCCGGCAGCCCGGCGCAGGGAGUACAUGUUACUAUGGCAAUGACUGGAGGGACUACAACAUCCUUUCCCAUGAGCAACCACACCCGGGAGAGAGUGACUGUGGCCAAACUUACACUGGAGAACUUCUACAGCAACCUAAUUUUACAGCAUGAGGAGAGAGAAACCAGGCAGAAAAAGCUAGAAGUGGCCAUGGAAGAAGAAGGCCUGGCAGAUGAAGAGAAAAAACUACGUCGGUCACAGCAUGCACGCAAAGAAACAGAAUUCCUGCGACUGAAGAGGACUAGGCUUGGCUUAGAUGAUUUUGAAUCUCUGAAAGUUAUAGGAAGAGGAGCAUUUGGGGAAGUACGCCUCGUCCAGAAGAAAGAUACGGGUCAUAUUUAUGCAAUGAAGAUAUUGAGAAAAGCUGAUAUGCUGGAAAAAGAGCAGGUGGCCCAUAUCAGAGCAGAAAGAGACAUAUUGGUUGAAGCGGAUGGUGCUUGGGUGGUGAAAAUGUUUUAUAGUUUUCAGGAUAAAAGGAAUCUUUACCUGAUCAUGGAGUUCCUACCUGGAGGUGAUAUGAUGACCUUACUUAUGAAGAAAGACACUUUAACAGAAGAGGAAACACAAUUUUACCUUUCUGAAACUGUGCUGGCCAUUGAUGCCAUUCAUCAGCUGGGAUUCAUCCAUAGAGAUAUUAAACCAGAUAACCUCUUGCUGGAUGCCAAGGGUCAUGUGAAGCUAUCUGAUUUUGGACUAUGCACUGGUUUAAAGAAAGCUCAUCGAACUGAAUUCUACAGGAACCUCACACACAAUCCACCAAGUGACUUUUCAUUUCAGAAUAUGAACUCAAAGAGAAAAGCAGAAACGUGGAAGAAGAACAGACGACAGUUGGCAUACUCUACUGUUGGGACCCCAGAUUAUAUUGCUCCGGAAGUAUUCAUGCAGACUGGGUACAACAAGUUGUGUGAUUGGUGGUCUUUGGGAGUGAUUAUGUAUGAAAUGCUAAUAGGGUAUCCACCUUUCUGCUCAGAAACGCCACAAGAAACUUAUAGGAAAGUUAUGAACUGGAAAGAAACAUUGGUAUUUCCUCCAGAGGUGCCCAUUUCAGAGAAAGCAAAGGACUUAAUUCUAAGAUUUUGUAUUGAUUCAGAAAAUAGAAUUGGUAGUAAUGGAGUAGAGGAAAUAAAAGAUCAUCCAUUUUUUGAAGAAGUUGACUGGGGACAUAUCAGGGAGAGGCCAGCUGCAAUUCCUAUAGAAAUCAAAAGUAUUGACGACACUUCCAAUUUCGAUGAAUUUCCUGAAUCUGAUAUUUUACAGCCAGUGCCAAAUACCACAGAACCUGACUACAAAUCCAAAGACUGGGUUUUCCUCAAUUAUACCUACAAGAGGUUUGAAGGGCUUACACAGCGUGGCUCUAUCCCUUCCUACAUGAAAGCUGGGAAGUUGUGAAACAAAACAAAACCCCACAAAAUUAAAAACAAAACAAACAAAAAAAACCUCAGGUAGCUGCAUCACCAGGCCUGCUUGGCGUAGAUAUCAAUACAAUGACUCUGGUGCGCAUCGACUUCACAAA